CAGAUCAUGUUCAGUACUAGUUUUCGUUGAAUUUCUUCUAUCCGUGUAUCAUACAGUGUACGAAACAGUCGGUUCACGUCUGGGAAUUCGGUAGUGAGGAGGUCAAUGUUUAAGAUACGAUUGACCAGUGGUCAGGAUAUAUUGAAUAUUUGGCGAUUUAUUGGGCGUCUUCUUCAUGGUUAUGUUUGGAGGCCUUCGUUGGCUCUCCCAAAAAAAAAUCGGCUCGAUUCAGUGAUAUUUCCCGAAGUGUGCAUUAAGGGGUCGGGAGGCAGAUGAAAAUCCUUCAGCAUCAAAUAGCUGAUUGGUGAGGCAGCACGUGACACUGAACAACCAAAAUGCAUACAUUAGAGCGUCGUAUGGCACGUGGAAGCAAGUCGAGAGGACAGACGACCUCCGACACGUUUUCUGUAGAGAAAAUGGAGAAGCUCGAGUAGACGUUCCUGCGACCCUCCAAAAGUUAAUCCGAGAAAGGGGAUCGUUAGCCACACAACGGAAAAACCGACAAAAGCAAUUAAAUCAUCGUGUGUAUCGUGAAGAAGUGCAUCGGAGCGCUGACCUCCGAGCAAUGCCCAGUAACAUCCGUCGUAUAUCCCCCAGACCGUUCAUGAACGACCAGUCCCGCUGACGUUUGCAUCAGCAGGGUCAAGAGUAAGGACAGCAAAGUACCCCCAUUGCACCCGCUUGCGCACAGUACAGCGGCUGUCAACCAGCAUCAAAACGUAAAUUUAUUGACAUCAUCGGAAUGAGAGUGGUAGCACAGCUGCAUUGAAGAAUAAACCCCGGGGCGUAAUGCUGGCAGUGAAAAAAACAAACGUUCCACCUGCAGAAGUACCAGCCGAGCCGAAGAUUAGGGCAGUAAGCACGUCACGGAGGGACGAGUUCAAGGAAAAGUACCUGAAAAGUUUGGUAAUUUGGUUUGGUUUUUAUCUCUCCGUGUACAGUGACUACGGGAGCCAAUGCCGUAAAGUCAGGGAUUCGAAUGACUCUGGCGAUACACGAAACUGGGUCGAAAGAGAGGAAUUUCCAAAUACUAAGCACCUGAUUCUGCAACUGACGAAUAUUUAUAGAUGGCCUGGGAUCUCGGGCAGUUGGUGUGGGUAUAUAUAUAUAUGUAUAUAUAUUUUUUUUUAUAUACUUAAGGGAAGCCUCAGUGGGCCUGAAGUUUCUCUGUUGUAAACAAAGAACCGGGUACUUUCGUGUCAUUCCUCUCCAAUGCAAGUGUACGUAGGGUGCUCUUGUAAGGGUACUUGACCUAUCUCCUCGCGGAUUUGCCUCUGCGAUUCCCUUCACAGAGGGAUUUUUCGCUUUACAGUGGAAAAGAUAGGGAAGAGAAUUCUGUUGCCAACGGCCCAAGAGGUCUUUAUCAAAUGAAUCGUAACGAAGGACAAUGUCGAUGACCGACGCAAAAGAAUCAAGAACCGGCUAGUGAUGGUAGCUGGUUUUGAAGCGAUCAACAGAGCUAAACGCUCGGUAGUCAAGUCGGGCGCAGGUGGAGGACCAGAUGGCAGGAGAGAGAAGGGGAGAGAGAGAACAGUAAAUGCGGGAAGAAUGGAAAAGAAGUUGCUAUGACAUUCUAAAGUGCAGUCAUACCUUAUUCUCCCGGACCUUCUCCGAGCGAAUAACAGAAUCGCUUGAUUGAUUAGCUGGGCUUUUGCAGUGCACUCACCUGGAACGCACUAUUUCAAUAAUCAAUUAGCGAGCAGGUGCUUCAUUGAUUGUUGCGGAUAAAAAAAUACCAAAAAACAUGGUUCCGGCCGGGAUCGAACUGGCGACCUUCUGCGUGUAAAGCAGACGUGAUAACCGCUACACCACGGAACCAUAUGUCUUCAUGGUCGAUAGAAAUUACUUUUGGUCGCGAUCAUGGAACACCAGGCUUUCAACCCUCCGGACCAGAUUAUGCCAUAAGGGGAUUGCAGAAGGUCUUAGCAGGGAUAGUAGGGUUGCCGACGGUUAUAAAGUGGCUUCAACCCCCAAAUUUACGGGGCAGUCCAUUCGCGAUUUGUCUAGAGCUCCAAGAAUAUUUUAAAACCGAUUUUUUCGUUUUCGGCUUUUUUUUGAGUCGACGGCCUCCUACAGCCAAAAGCCUCCCAUCCUAGUUUUCUACGUUCUACGUAUUAAUGUCUUACCAACAGACACGUCCACCGUCGUGGUUCAUGCGCCACCGCUACUACAUUGUGCGGUUGUAGCCACUCCAUUCUCCAUCGGUAUUUUAUUGGCUGUUGACUGUGAAGGUUCAAUCGCAUUGGCUUCGUCUUCAUUGUUGCUAAUUGGACGAUUAUUAAUAUUACAGCAAUAAUGAUACUGUAUGCCACACUCGCGGCUUAAUGCAUUUCUUGAAUUAUAUUUGCCUGAUCCAUGAAUCAUUGAUGAUUGAGCUGAUAGUAUUCAGGGCAUUUCUUGGACGAGUGAGAUAAGCAGAGGAAACAAUAGAUUCUGGCAAAAUCACAUGGUGCAAAACAGAUAGGAAGAGGGAAGGAAAGACUUCGAAUGAUAUGUUAUUUGUCAUUUACCCGUGAAUCCGUCUGGAGUCAAUCCAAAUAAGGAAGUUUGGACUGUUGUAAUACAAUGAAGAAAAAUACAUCAAAGCUAAUCCUCAAGUGUUUUCAUAUAGUGCUUUCGUUAAUAAUACUAGGCGCCGCAAUCUACUUGUUCGUUUUCGCAUGCCUGAAGAAAUCUCAAUUUUCCACGUAUUCGCCGUAUUUAUAUGAUUAUUCAUCGAAACCGGUGCUCUUGCUACUGGUUGGGUCGGCGUUGGCAAUUGCUGUAUCGUUUUUCGGGAUUAUUUCAGUUUGUCAAGAAUGGAUUCGAGGCACGGUUAUUUUCACACUGUUCAUUCUGUAUUUGUUGAUAUCGAUGAUUGCGCUUGUAACAACAGCAUAUUUCUUGUCCUCGUCUGUCGAUGAAAAGAUGCUCUCCAACUUGAGAAUAGACAUGGCCACCUAUGAAUCCAAUAAAAUGAUAGUCGAUAAUCUACAAGUGCAGCUAUCAUGCUGUGGUAUCAAAGAUUUUACUGAUUGGACAGAAUUUCUGGACUACAUCCCCGGUUCCUGUUGCCACUCGCCGGCCUUCUGCGAUAGUUCGGAACUAUCUAAGCUUCAUUUGGCUGGCUGUUACACAGCUCUGAAAGAUAUUGUUGAAUACUCCGUAACAAUAAUUUUUUUCGUCCUUGUAGGUCUCGCCGUAGUCGAGAUUGGCUCUAUCGUCACUUCCAUAUUUCUCGUGAUCUGUCUAAAGCGAGAAAGAAAGGGAGGAAACGGUAAUAGUGGGAGCGAUUCAGUCCAACUACCGAGAAUCCAGAAUCCUCUGGGAUACAAUACAACGCCAAGUGUUAUUGUAACGAGUCCUCAAGGAACAGCGGAUAAGCCAUUGGAGCCCAUUUACAUCAGACGCCCCAUGGAGCGGCCCAUUAUGUUGGCCUACAGGAGCCCACAUGAAAACUAUCUUCAUGGACCACCGCAAUAUCGCUUUGACAGUCGAAGAAUCAGUUUCACCAACAGUGAACGAGGGAAACGGACACCACAUGUCUACGACUCUUCAAGAUACUCGUGAUGAAGAAUCUCUUCGGCUGAUUAAAAAUAGGGCACGUGAUGAGCACCAAUCAUCCACGGUGAUGGACUAAAUGCCCUUAGAGAGGACUUCAGUACUUUCCACUAGCCAAUGUGCAUGGAAAUAAACCUUAUCCAUCUCAACCCCACCCUCCAAUCAAAGACGUAUGGUAAACGUUAAGUGCUCAACGAAAUUGCACUCGCUCAACUAGAGAUUCCACUUGCAUAUACGCAACUCAGAAUUUCGUAUCGUCCUCUGACCUUGGAAUCGACAUAAAGUAAAAGUGACGCAGUAACGCAGAAAAAUGCCUGAUUAUCCCAAGCAGUUGAAGUGAAUUUCAACAAUACAUAAUUACCUUGUUGACAUGCAAUAUUAAUUACACACGAAACAAUAUGGAGAACAAAUAGAAAACUCGACUAUGAUGAGUAUUGAAUGGGUUGUGUCACUAGUGCUCGUAAUUAACCGAAGAAAUUAUUCACUCGGCUGCAUUUUUAUGUCAUACAGGGAAGGGGGAGUUAUCUCAGAAUUAUUCAAGACUGUCAAGUGCAGAAAUAAUCAGGAUGGCUUAAUUAUAGCGCUAGUCGAGUGUAAUUAAUCAUGAACUGUCAGUAUAAAUAUGCGAGGAUCAGAGAAAACUUUAAUUGGUGACAUUGAUGCUGUGAUUCCAGAAAAUCACUUGAGAGCGAAAAUAUUAUUAUGAAAAAAUAUUUUUGUAACCAUCUAAUUGAGUCCGAUUAACUCAAGGACGUGGAAUAUAUUUAUUUUUUGAGUUCAGGACGAUAAAAAAAAUCACGAUCAAGUGAAGGAUUCUCAAGGAAAACGUAAAAUCGUAAAGUUAAUUGAGUGAAAUAAAAUUGCAAGAACCUUCUGGUUUUUUUUCCUUGAGAUUUACAAUGACCAUAAUGAUCAGGGCAGGUCACCAAUUGCGUUGAUCAAACUGUGUAAAUCAUGGUAUGAAUGAAAUGAAAUUAAAUAACAGUAAAAUAUAUAAUUUACCGUCCGGUGUCAGCAGUUGUGCGCGUGUUGGAACGUAACUGAGUGGUCUUUGCUGAAUCUAAAGAUACGGCGGCAUUGACUUUGUGGGUGUAACAUGAACAUAGGAAGAACUAUGCCUGUGUGAAUAUCUCGCCCCACCUCUUUUCCAGCUUUUUUUUUCUUUUCCCUUUCAUUGGAUGAAUCCAAGGCAUUUAAGAGUGAUUAUGAGACCUACACAUGAUGGAUGAGAAUGUGGUAGUUGAACCACAUGGGAGGUUUAGGUGGGUAGGACAAUAUGUAAUACAUAAAGGAAGCUAUCAGGUCUGCUGCUCUUUUUUUAACAUUUGCGGGUCAGGCGAUGUUCUAAUUUUGCUAAUUGGAAGCGUGGCUUGUUAUCAACGACUAAUGAAAAAUGAAAACGAAUGUUCACGUGAAAUGGCAGACGACGACUGGAGAACAAUACUGUGAGUAUAUACCACCGGUGUGUUGCAAUAUUUAAUGUUACAUCUGUUUAUCAAUUACUCGAUACAAUCUUACACCAAUUUAUUUUUUAUUAUAAAUUUAUCACACCGCAGACCUAUCGUUGAUUCAGGAAGAGAGACUGGAGUGUUAAACUUCUUCGGUACUGAGAACGAAUAGUUAGUGCAAAAAAAAAUAUUCCUCGGUUGUGCUGCACACACGUCAAACUUCAAAAAUCACUCAAACCCAAUUUUUUUCUUAUUUUGGAAACAUCACGCAAAAAGUAAUGUAUUUAUCUAUUUUUUGCGAAAGAGGAGAACCUCUUUCGGUUAACAAGUCUAUUUUGCUGUAUGUGAUAAUUUUAUAAUGAGGCCGUUGUCAAGGAUAAGAAUUGAAAUGAAGGAAUAAACUCAGGCGGUUAGAACCACCAUUAAAAAUAUUCGAAGCAGAAAUUUUGACCUACAAAUAUGUACAAUGAGAUUAGACAUCCGUGACCGGAAAGAAUUCCGUCAUUUUUAUCGCGGGCUCCACCACAACGGGGAACAUUGUUUAUUAAAAAAUAUUAUUUCCUCACCAUGUUCAGACUCUCUUUUUCGGUAAAAACAGGAAUUGAAAUAGGACUGCACCUCGUUGCGAUCUUUUAACAUUUUCUUCUCAGUUAUAUUCGCGAAAAGAAGUCUGCAUUGCGUUAUUUCUGAAAUUGUUUGUUGAUGAUAGCGAAUAUCUCGAGGUUUAACCACCAAUUUCAAUCAAUUUCGUGUUCAGACGUAACGGCAAACCCAUUCAACCGCAUUUUUUUUUACCCUACAGCACUGAUGCUAUAAAAUAAUUCUCUAAUCAAUGUGUCUACAAUUUUGCAUCUUACAGAAACAAUUAUCAGUAAUUGAUGAUUCCGGUAGUGAAUGGUAAAUGAAGAUUGAUUGGUUCCGCGGUAAAAAAUCCUCAUUCCAAAUAAAUUUAUAUAAAAAAAAAAUUCCUCAUCUAGCUGUACAUAUUCAUUCCCAAUUAGACUUGUAAAUAAUUACUGUGCAUGUACUCAUCAUAGAUUAGAGGUUCUAUUGAAAAAAUAUAUUUCGUCGAAUCUUUUGGACAUUUUGCAUUAUUAAGUGAUUGUGAGUGAAGAGCUCCAAGUGGUCAAGUACAAUUAUUAGAUUAGACAAUAAAACGUUGCAAUUACGUCGUAGGAGAGGACCUUGACUUGAUUUCCUUAUUCCUGAUAUGGAAAAAUCGCGGUAAAAAAUAUAUCAACUCUAAAAUACAUGACUCAGAAAAAAAGAUUUACCAUUCUCCACGUAAUGAAUAGUCUCCUGGUAUAAUCACACAUUUUCUGAUAUAAUAUCUAUCAAUCAAAAACUGCCAACAUUCAAGUGGGGGCACAAAUCGCGUUUCGAGUGAUGCGAAUGAACUGAAUGAUUCACGUUUGUCAUCCAGUCUAACGCAAUAAUGCACCAAUCGCCAUUUAUCUCAUUUAUUAACUGGUCUGGAUUGACACUGAAAAGAUAUCACGUACUGCCAGACCAGAUAAAUGAAAUUCUGGUUAAAUUAGUCGUAGAGACGAUGCACAAGGUCAAUAACCAUCGGCUUUCGAAGGUCAAGGUAAAGAAUAGACUGGUGACUACUCCCUAUGACCCUUCCACGAGGCGAAAAUUACUUUUUCACACUCGUUAUGAAAUUUAUUAUUUUUCCCACGAGUGGGUUUGUGUCAGUGGUAUCCAGGAAGCAUCCGUGUUGAAUGGCAUUGGUAAAUUUCACGUAAGAGUUUAAGUUGUGUAAAAUUAGAACCAAUGACCAUUCAUGGCUACAUUGACAUAAAACAAUAUCGAAGGACAGCUUCUUUUCGGUUGAUUACUAACAGUGGUCACUUUAUAAUCCCUGAGAUUGUUUUGGAUGACGUUCAAGGUAUUUAUGGAGAAUUCUGUUUGCAUAUCGAAUAAUGAAUUGGUGAAAUAUUUAAUGUGUUUUUUUGUGACAUAACGAUUAGAAAUAAAUGUUGAGUUAUCAACCGAUUGUCAGGCAGAUCAGGCAGGUGAGUAUUGAAAAAACCAAUACAUUGAAAAUAAUCAUGUUGUUGUGCCCAGGUUCAGGCUGUUGCUUCAACUUUGCGAGCUUCACUACUGUGUUUUACUGCUCCAACUUCAAAUGUCUAACUAAGCUACUUAGUGUCAACAUUCCAACAGCACACACUUUCGCAAUUUUCAGCUUCCACAUCACUGAACGACUGCUGUGUUCAUGAUAAACAACAAAUGUUAUUCAAACGGAAACUGCCCUGAGGCACUAUUUUGCUUUCACCUGCUCCACAUGCACUAUUUUAGAAGUGACCAGUCAAAAAAUCACAUCUGAGAACAAGAAAAGCCAUAAAUAUUGCACAAAUUCUAGAUCAACGCAUGUCACGAAACAAACAUUUGAAAUUCCACUGGUCGUUCAUAAGUUGUAUAGAACUUGCUGGAGUGAUUUAAAAAAAUGCAGAUCCUUUCACCGAUGGUAUCCUCAAUUGAUUAUGCUUCCAACAAUCACUCAGUCGUUACUACUUGUUGGAAAAACGACAAAUAUCAAACAAAAAAAGGAUCUUUACCUUCAACUGAACGGCCUCAUCGCAUCAUCACCAUCAAGGUUUUCUAUGUAUUCU